CGUUUGCCGAGUUUUAUUAAAAAAUUCAAAAUUGCUAAAUCUAUUUUGCAAUUCUUAAAAAAAAAGAAAUCGCAUCACAGCUCUAGUAGCAGUAGUGAAGGCAAACAUCAUAGCCAGCAGCAGGAAUCGGAAUCGCAUAGUCCCGACGCGCCGCCGGCCGCGCCUUCAGACGCGUCCUUUUCGACUAUUCAUAAGUCGUCAUCGACGCAGCAGCAGUUGUCAAUCGGUUCGGAAACUGGGCCAAAUCGUUCAUUGGCAUCAGCAUCGUUUUCGAACGUAAACGCAAACCAAAAAGGCAACAAAAUAACACCGCCCACGGGCCAGCACUCUUCCUCCUCGUCUCCUUCGCAGGCCGCAGCGGUCGACGCCGACAACUUGGACGCCGCCAGCACCUCCGCGCAAGUGUCCGCCUCUGCAACGUUUCGUCUAUCCUCUCUGACAGGUACCAUCUCCAAAAUGGGUAAUAACGCUACCACCUCCAAUAAGAAAGUGGACGCCGCCGAGACGGUUAAGGAAUUUCUUGAGCAAGCCAAAGAAGAAUUUGAAGAGAAAUGGCGUCGGAAUCCCACAAAUACUGCUUCACUUGAUGAUUUUGAACGUAUCAAGACUUUGGGCACGGGUUCCUUUGGUCGCGUCAUGAUUGUUCAACACAAGCCAACAAAAGACUAUUAUGCCAUGAAGAUUCUUGAUAAACAAAAGGUAGUUAAACUGAAGCAGGUUGAGCAUACGCUUAAUGAAAAACGUAUCCUCCAAGCCAUCCAGUUCCCGUUCCUCGUCUCAUUACGCUACCAUUUUAAAGAUAAUUCUAAUUUAUAUAUGGUGCUAGAAUAUGUCCCAGGUGGUGAAAUGUUUUCGCAUCUACGCAAAGUUGGACGGUUUUCAGAACCACAUUCACGUUUUUAUGCAGCACAGAUUGUACUCGCUUUUGAGUAUCUUCAUUAUCUUGAUUUAAUAUAUCGCGAUCUUAAACCUGAGAAUCUGCUAAUUGAUUCGCAAGGCUAUCUCAAGGUAACUGAUUUUGGUUUUGCUAAACGAGUUAAGGGACGCACUUGGACGUUGUGCGGAACACCCGAAUAUUUAGCUCCAGAAAUUAUUUUGUCGAAGGGCUAUAAUAAAGCUGUUGAUUGGUGGGCACUUGGUGUGCUUGUCUAUGAAAUGGCAGCUGGCUAUCCGCCGUUCUUUGCUGACCAACCUAUACAAAUCUAUGAGAAAAUUGUAUCGGGUAAAGUGCGCUUCCCGUCACAUUUUGGUUCCGAUUUGAAAGAUCUUUUGCGUAAUUUGCUGCAAGUUGAUUUAACUAAACGUUAUGGUAACCUAAAAGCAGGUGUAAACGAUAUUAAGAACCAAAAAUGGUUCGCCUCAACAGACUGGAUAGCGAUCUUCCAGAAGAAAAUUGAGGCGCCAUUUAUACCGCGGUGUAAGGGUCCCGGCGACACAAGUAACUUCGACGAUUAUGAAGAAGAGGCGCUGCGGAUUUCAAGCACCGAAAAGUGUGCCAAGGAAUUCGCCGAAUUCUAAUUGCUUAAUAUUUUUAAUUGCCUUUUGUUAAUAUUCCAAUUUUACAAAUCGAUUUUCAUUUGUUGUCACACACCAAGCGGCAGAUUCAGUGUAAAAGGCGAUAAACAUCCUUCAUUCAGAAAUAUAAAAUGAAAAUAAAAUUAUAAAACUCUUGUAAGCAAAUAACCGUGAAAAUAUUAAAUGAAAAUGGCAACUGUGCGAAUAAAACCUUUCACUUUUAACACCAACUACGACAUCUUCCAUAAGAACUCAAUAAGAAGGCAACCACACAGCUGACCAGGUGACCUGUUUCGCAAUUGUUCCUGCAAUAAUAAUAUGUCAUAAAUGAAUGAUGUAAUAUUUUUACAUAACUGGCGUCAUACGUUAAAGGAUUUCUCUUACUGUAUGGAGAGGACUAAAAGUUCUAAUAAAUUUUUAGACUUGUCAGUAAAGAGCUGCAGAAUAUUUAAAAUCUACUUUUUCUUUGGAAAGCGGCAAAACAAUGUUACUAAAGCAGCAGGAGCAGUAGAGGCAACAGUAAACGAACAGUAAAACCAUCGGGACAAAAAUAUCUGCAACUCAAAAUACAGGAACAAUAUCGGCAAAAAAAUAAUAAUAACAACAACAACAAAAACAACAACAAC